AUGGACCUCUGCAACACGUCUAGAGGAAAUAUUGUAACUCCACUACGAAGUCGUUUGGACCCAACUAAUGUGGCUCGUCUGGUGUAUAUACAUCACAACAGCAGCAAAGUCAUAAUUCAGUGGGAUUUACAACUUGAAUUAGGUCAACUUGAAGGUCCAUCUAAGUCUGAUCAGCAUCAAAGAGCAGCCAGCUCUGGAGAUUUAGACGCUUCAAUGAACAGUUCCAUGUUUGCUGCCUCCUCUAGCAGAACCUCAACUCCAGUUAAGCGCAAUUCAUCUCAUAGCCAAUUUGAAGAAAUUGAUUCAGAAGAUGAUAAAGAUCAACUUAAUCAGGUCUCCAGUGGUUCAAGUCAGAGUUUUGAUGAUAAUGAUGAUUACACAUCACCCUGA